AUCUGCUUUGAGAUUAGUCGCACAACGCCCAUUGGUUCCCUGAGCUACAGAAGACUUGUCUGAUUGGUCAACGCCACGAACUUAAGGUGGGGAGGGGGGCAGGACGUGGCAGGGUCAUUUCAGGUGAAAAACAACAAGAUUAGACUGAGGGCACUUUGAUCAAGACAGGCACAGUGUCAGGCAUUAGGACCACAGCUAGGCAUUCGGACUUGGUAACAGGUACAGAAUGGAGUGUCCCAUCCCUGUGGUAGACUUCCUGCCCUACAGCCUGGUGAACCACUGUGCCGAUGAUGACCAGCUGGCAGCCCUGGCCGGCCAGCUCAUCCACGCCUUCAGCACCACUGGGUUUGUCUACCUGUGGCACCACGGCAUUCCUGCAGCUCAGAUCGAGCGAGUUUUUCAAGUAUCAGAGAAGUUCUUCGCCCUUCCCAAGGACACCAAGGAAAAGUACGCUCGCCCGGUGGACAACAACCACGGUUGGGUGACCCUGGAACGCGAGAGCCUCAACCCGUCACGCCCAGGUGACCUCAAGGAAGCCUUCAACGUAACGUGGGUGGAAAAUCCACCAGCAUGGCCAAUGGCGGAGCUCCCAGAGUUCAGAGACACCGUGCUAGACUUCUACGACAAGUGUAGAAAGCUUAGCCUGCACAUUCUGGAGCUAGUAGCCAGGGGUCUGCAUGUGAAGGACGUGAAGGGGUUUGUCGACUCCCACAAGUUGAUGGGUUCGGGGCCGAACGCGACGGCGCUGCGUCUACUCCACUACCCUCCGGUUCCCGUGGAGACCAAGCCCGACCAGGUCCGCUGCGGCGAGCACUCGGACUACGGUUCCAUCACGCUGCUGUUCCAGGACAAGGUCCCAGGCCUGGAGGUCCGCAACAGGGACGGGGUCUACGUCCAGGCACCCAUCAUCGAGAACGCCGUGCUGGUCAACAUCGGAGACCUGAUGCAGCGCUGGACGUCGGACCGCCUGGUGUCCACCAAGCACCGCGUCCUGCUGCCGACAGACCGCGGACAGAUGCGCCAGUCCCUUGCGUUCUUUGUCCACCCCGACGACGAGGUCAUGAUCUCGUGUCUCGACGGGUCCAAUAAGUAUGAAGCCAUCACAGCAAAGGGGUAUCUGGAGCAGAGAUUUGCAGCUACUUAUUAGACCAGGUCCGUCUUUAAGUCACAAUUGUGAGAUGUGAAAAACAUUAACCCUUCACGUGCUAAGGUGGUCUUUUGGUUAACCAAUUACAGCAAAGUGGUAUAUUGAGGAACGGUUUGCAGAUACUUAUUAGGCCAGGAGGACUGUUUAAGUCACAAUCAUGAGAUGUUAAAAACAUUAACCCUUCACCUGCUGGGGUGGUCUUUUGGGUUAACCCAUCACAGCAAAGGGGUACCUUGAGCAGAGGUUUGCAGCUACUUAUUAUAUAUAUAUAUUAGGCCAGUCAGAAUCAUGAAAUGAUAAAACAUUAACCCUUCCCCUUGCCGAGGUGGUCUUUUGGGUUUACCCAAUUUGUAUUGGAAGUACAAAAUUAGGCAGCAGUUGAAUAAAAGGAAAGAAAGCAGGUUUGAAAACCCAGGAUUAUACAUACUAGCCAUUGAAAUGUGAUUAUCAACAAAAAUAUAGUUUAACCUUAAUUAAGGUUUUUAAGACAUUACUCUAUGUUAUUGGUCUAUAUCUAUAACUAUAAGCCAGUCUGAUUGGUUAUAGGAUUUAAUUAGGAUAGAUUUUAGUACUGUUGCACAGAAGUCGUCGACAAGGGUCCAAAAAUUAUUUUCUAGUGAGAAAUGAAUACAUUAGUGUAGAAUGUAAAAUACAUGUACAUUGUACACAUGAUACAGGGCUAUAGGGAAUGUAAUGGCACAGUACAUUGUAAAGCUUGUAUAUAAAUCACCUCAAGUCCAAAACAUUUACAACAGCACACUUUCCUUUGUCUACUGUCUUUCAAUGAUACAGUCAAGAAGACCACUCAGGGGACCAAUGAAAUCUGGUUAGGCCACAGCAAUUAAAUUUUAUGGAACACAUCCACUGCAGGCUCCAAAUUAAAUGCGAGCGGGCGAAAAAAAAACAAGGCAGGCAGAAAAAACAAGGUUCGUACAUUUUCAAAU